CUUUCGUUGAAUCACACUGUAGCCAUUGGCGUUUUCACCAUGCCCCAGUCCCCGAGGAUCAGUACAGUGCUCUUUGUUGCGGUCGCUGCCAUCGCCUUUCUCGUCGGUCGGAUUUCCUUCUCCCAAAAUAAGCUGGACGACAGAUCUAGCGCCGACAGAUCUUUAGCAAGUACGCACGACCAUAGCCAUGUCUGUCGACAUCGCUUGUCCGAGUCGACAUCGAGGACAUCUCCCGUGCUGUGUCCUAUACAGCCCGAGAGUUUCAGCGUCGGGCCUGAGUGGGAUCCGAGUCAUGACGGGCCCACAAAGACGUCUCUCAUAGAGAAACUGGCAGGGGCCAUUCGAAUAAGGACAGAAACCUUCGAUGACAUGCCUGUGAACGCGACCGACUCUGGCUUUGACGUGUUUUACGAAUUUGAAGCAUACCUGAAAAAGGCCUUUCCUUUAUUCCACAAGACUCUGCAAUUCGAACGCGUUAAUGAACACGGUCUGCUCUUCACUUGGCAGGGAACACGGCCGGAUCUCAAACCAAUGCUGCUCAUGGCUCAUCAAGAUGUUGUCCCAGUGAACCCUUCGACGCUUCAUCUCUGGAAGCACCCGCCCUUUGACGCUCAUAUGGACGAGGAUGGCUGGAUCUGGGGCAGAGGGACCACCGAUAUGAAGGCAACUCUCAUAGCUCUGUGGGCAUCUGCUGAACGAUUGAUCGAAGAAGGCUUUGAACCUGAGCGAACGAUCAUCUUCUCGCAUGGGUUUGACGAAGAGAUCCAAGGUCCAAGAGGAGCCAAAGAGCUCGCCAAGGUCAUCCUGAAACGAUAUGGCCAGGAAGGGAUCUCUAUCAUAGUCGACGAAGGCUUCAACGGCGUCGACACCGAGUACGGUACCACAUUCGCCCGAGUCGGCACUGCCGAGAAAGGCUGUCUGACUGUCACCAUCGCCAUCUCCACUCCCGGUGGCCACAGCUCGAGACCGCCCAGUCAUACCGGCGUGGGCAUCAUGAGCCGACUCAUCGUUGAGAUGGAGGACAAUCCCAACCAGCCGCGGUUCCUUGAGGGAAACCCACUCUUGUCGUAUCUCGAGUGCGCGGCCGAGUAUGGGGACAUGGACGAGAGUUUGAGGGCGCAGAUUAGAGAGAAGGAGUGCUGGCCUGCGCUGGCUGAUGAGUUUGGGCAGGAUCGCAUACUGCAGACUUUCCUCAAAACCACUCAGGCUGUAGAUAUCUUCAAUGGCGGUAUCAAGUAUAACGCUCUACCAGAGUCUGUAACUUCUAUCACCAACUACCGAAUAGACUUUUUCGAGACCACCCAGGAUACGCUCGACCGCCUUGACAAGAUCCUUCGCCCCUUGGCGGCCGAGUACAAUAUGAGUUUUGCCUCUUUCGGCCAGACGCCGACGACAGAUGAGAACUUGAUCCAGCUUGAUACCAUGGGGAUCAGGCUGGAACCUGCUCCUAUCACUCCUCCCACUGGCCAUGCCUGGGACUUGAUGGGCGGCACUAUCAAGCACAUCUUUCCCGGGGCUGUUGUGGUGCCUUCGGGUAUGACUGCUUUCACUGACACACAAUACUUCUGGGAUGUGUCCACCCAUAUCUACCGCUUCGCCCCGGCAUCGCUAGAGCUCAUCAAGAACUACCACACAGUCAAUGAGCGUAUACAUGUGGAUGCCUACAUGUCGACUAUGCAGUUCUUUUAUAAGCUUAUGAGGAAUUCUGUUGGCUGGCAGAGCCCGUAGAUCUAUGUAUUCCAUGUCCCCAGGCCGUUUCGCGGCUCCUGCUCUGCAGUGGCUACAUGUAUGUUCUUCUCUGCAUUCAGGUGUAGCUUCCUGAAGAACUGAUUUGCUCAUUUGCAGUGCAAAGGCGGAGUAAAAGAGCAUCAUCAACCAACUCACAGCUGGCACCCCGCUGGGACGGAACCAAAUACAGCCGCUUGACCCGCGCCGACCACAAGCCGAC